AUCCUUUAAGUCAGUGGGGUGGGGUUAGGUGCGCGUGCGCGGUUUUAAUUCUCCUCCCCAAACUGCCAACACUUCGCGCACGCGAGGUAGGUUCCCCUUCCCUGGGUUUACGCGUGCGCACUAACGGGCCUGGCCCGGAAGACCAAACGCCUGCGCAGAGAGUACUAGGGUGACAGACCCCCGGGUGGGGCGCAGGCCAGUCAUGGCGGAGCCUUGGUCCGGGCAGUCCUUGCAGACUCUGCCGGCCACGGUGCUGGGCGCGCUGGGCGCCCUGGGCAGUGAGUUCCUGCGGGAGUGGGAGGCGCAAGACAUGCGCGUGACCCUCUUCAAGCUGCUGCUGCUGUGGUUGGCAUUAAGUCUCCUGGGCAUCCAGCUGGCGUGGGGGUUCUACGGGAGCACGGUGACCGGGCUGUAUCACCGCCCAGAUCCCCACGCCCAGCCUGGUGCAGCUCUGGAUGUGUUCCUGCCCCCAGGUCUGGGCAGCCAAAACGGAUCCACAUCUGAUGGCUCCACGCAUUUCUCUUCGUGGGAAACAGCAACAAAUGAACCUCUCAAAACCCACAGAGAAUAAAAGAAGGCAGCAGAGGGGCCUCCAGAGACAUCACCGGGUCUGCUGGCUCCCACACUGGGUUCUGUUGCUGCUCAGACCCCAGGGACGACUGCAGGGGAGUUGGGGCUGGGGGCAGGGAGUACCCCAGUGCUUGCAGGGCUGGGCCUCCACUGCCCUUGGCCUUGCCUCCAGCAGCUCCAGGCAUUGGGCCAGUUAAGAAUUUGUCUCUACCCUGAUCUGGGUGCCUUAAGGAGAGAAGGCGUGUUCCUCCUCUCUCAGGGGUCGGCUCAGGAGAAGCUUCUCAGCUGGGGAGGCCAACAGUCCAUUUUCUGUCUUGGCUUUUUCCUGUCCUUCUUUCCAUCCCCCUAGGAUAUCACCCCAUAGAGAUUUGUCCCUCUGAGAGGAAGCCUGAGGUUGACCAGCUCUGGAAUUUGUAAGGGAGGUCUGUUUUCUCCUAAGCCCUGAGUUUCCUGAAUUUCUUUGGUUUUGCUUUGUUGGUAGGGAGCCAGGGAAUCCUGGCCUGGACACAGCCUUAUACUCUAUGGUUACCUAGCUGACCAUUCAAGUAUAAGGCAGGGGGUAGUUGGCACCAUCCAGACAUGGAGGCACCAAACACCCACCUCCCUGGCCCAUCCAGAGCUCUCCAGGUAUGACCCAGGAAUUCUUCUUGGAGGGAAGCUGGGUGCCUGAAAGAGGCUGAGCCCUGGGGGGGACCUACCACCCCCAAGUGCCCAUGGGGUUGUGGGUCUGUACCCUGCACCCUCACAGGGAGUUACUAAGCAGUUAGUGCAGUGGUGCCACCAUGCCCUGUAGCCUCAUCAUUUCCCAUCUUGACCUGGAACCACAGGAGCUUCAUCCUAAGAGCCCAUAGGUUCAGCUCCUCCCCACCAGCACCAUUUCAGCCCCCAGGAAACUCAACAGAGAGGAGCCACAGGCUAGGCAGGCCUGCCACUUCCACAGCAGGCCAGGGAGCUUCCAAAAGUGUGGGUGGCAAACGCCAAGUUCCUGAAAGCAGUGUGGCCCUGCCUCCUUUCCUGAUGGCUGUACUUCUGCCUGCUUCUGCUGGGCCACCAGCUACCUCAGUGUCCCACUGCCUGCUUCCUCUCUGUUAGAUGUCACAUUUCCAUCUGGCAGCCUUUGUCUAGGUCAUCUUUGCAGCAGAGGUACACUGGAAGUAGAACUGCAUUGAGCUCAUGCACAUGUACCUACUCUGGAGAUACCUUCUGGCUGAUAGGAUGAUGGUUUCACAGCCCCAGGCCUACCCACUGAGACCACCACACACAGAAUCAGGGUCUCACAUUUCACCCCAGGCUCAACUGAGGAUGUGGCUUAUUAAACAUGGAAGUGCA